UCCACACAUUCUGGUGCACUGGUGGCCUUGCUCUUCAGACCGUAGACAAUGGCCACCGAACUAGAUGUGGGCAAGUCUCGCCGCUUCGACAUUGCCAUGUCGAGGCGAACUCGGCGAUCGACAAGCCUGGUAGCCUGCUUUCAAGAUCAGUAUACACCGUCCCUUGCACAGCAUCGCCACCAAGAGCUGAAGGCAUUUCUGCAAUGCCAAGAUGAAGAGCUGAAGGCAGUCCAGCAAUGUGAGGAUGCGGAGCAGAAGACACUCUGUUCGAAUGAAGAUGAGGAGACGAAGAUUCCAGAAGCACCACUGCAGUAUGAAGAUGAUGAGCAGAAGACGCCAGAGCAAUAUGAAGAUGAGCAAGAGAAGGAAUCGCAGCAAUAUCCAGAUGAAGAGCAGGAGACACCAGAUCCAUAUCAAGAUGAUGAGAAGAAACCAGACCAGUAUCUAGAUGAAGAGAAGACGCCAGAGCAAUAUCAAGAUGAAGAUGAAGAUGAAGAUGAGUUGCCAUCACAAUACCAAGACCAAGAGUUGGUGACACCAAACCUACCUGAAGAAGAUGAGAAGGAGACUGCAUCAGCACGAUUCCAAGACGAGGAGCACCUGAUGACACCAAACCUACCAGAAGAAAUUGAGGAGACUGCACCUGGGCGAUUCCAAGACGAGGAGCCGAAGGAACUUCAACAACACCAAGAGGCAGAUGAGCAGGCGUCACAAUCUGAAGACGAGGAGGAGCAGAAGUCUCAGCAGGAACGCCAUGACAUUGAGCAGAAGACGCCAGAGCAACUCCAAGCAUUGAAGAAGGUAGCCACGCCACCACGUCUGGUGGACAACUUGCCCCGGUUCUCCCUUCAGGAGCUUAUACAACAGAAGCAGCUUCCAACCGGCGAGGCAAUGCCUACCAGCAAGCUAGGCAGAGAGAGUGUCCUUGCUGAUCACAAGGUUUCAGGAUCAGGAGCAGCAGCAGGCGGCACAACGCUGGCCAUGGUGAUAAAGCGACCCGAGGGAGGGAAGAAGUCGAUGGGGAUGAUACGCCGGUGCGUGAAGGCCCUGAACCAGAUGAUCAAGGCCAAGCAUGGGUCGAAGAAGAACUUGCAUUUCUAGUUUUCACCAGAAUUCAGGAGUACAUACAUACACACUGAUGGGUAAGUGUGGUCCAGAGUUUCUUAGUAGACUGCAUAUCUCUGAAUAAUGCACGCGCAGUUGCGCAGAACCAAAAUUUUGGGCAUGAUGCAGGGUGUGCAAGAUCUAGCGAGAAACUCGGGGGCUGUCUACGCCCUGGUCUAUACUGUCUACCUAUAGCAAUAAACUGUGAAAUUUUUUAUUAGCUUAAGAUCACAAGUCUGUUACUCCUAUGUGAGAAGAUGGUCUACUAAGUGAUGUUCUACGCGAUUGCUGAGCGAUGUAACGGGUGACAAGUCCAAGAGUCGAGAUCAGGCUCUGAUCUUGUGUUGUUGACUUUCUCCGCGAAAGCUUUUUUUUCUUUUA